CGACGCAGACAGCGUUUCCUCUGGACGUCCUCUGGCAGGAAGUGGAGUCCCUGUGAUGCGCUGGGCAGGUUUCACCCCCCCCCCACCCCCGCUCCAGAGCCCGGCAGGGGGUGAAGCAGAGCGGUUCCCAUACCAGACUGAGAUUCAGCUGGUCAGGAUGCUCCAGCCUCCACUCGUCCGGUUUCCUCCAGAUGUUGAACCAGCUGCAGGGAUUCGCUCCCAUUCAGACACCGGAGCACCGCACACUGAUGCUGGGGGGGAUCGGGUCCGGUUCCCCAGUUGGUGCUCCGGCACGUCCCAAAGGUGCUGGAUGAGGGAUGAGGUCUGACAUGUUGAAACAGGAAACCGUGGUCGUUUAGUCUGUCGGGAAGAUGACUUUGCGUCAGAUGUCCUCUAUUAUCCUCAUUAAAAUUAAACGCAUCCUGGUUCCCGUGGAUCCCUAAAAAGCUGUUAAAACUCUUGAUUUUUGUUUCUAGUCCUGAGAGGGAAAGCUUUAAACUGAGCCUCUGGCUAAAUGAACAUUUUGGUUUAUUAUAUUUCACAAUUAUGGCAGUUUCUUCUGUGUAGAACGAACAUUUCAUUCUGACUUUGGCAAAGGGCUGGGUGAUCUUGUGUUAUAAUACAGUAUAUUGAUUUCGGUGGCAGUAUACCAUGAUGAAUUAAUAUAUAUGAAUUAUUCUAAGAAAAUAUUAAAGGUUUUUUUUUUUUUAAGGUUUUGGUUUACAGAGUUUAAUAUGGUGAUAUAUACACUGAUAUUGAUUAAUAUUCUUAUUACUACUGAGAUAUUGAUUUCAGCCAAAUCACCCAGUCCUACUAUGGUGACACUGAAACUUAAUAGAACAGAAAAUGAGGAUGAGAGGCAGACGCCGCCAUACUCCUCCUACGUCAGUGCUGCGACGGAGACGUGUGCGCCAUGUUGGAUUUUACGUUGAAUUCCGCUUUUUAUCGGAGUAAGUUGUGUUUCGGCUACUUUAGCGGCUCCUGACACCGACGCGAACUCUCCCGACGGGCAGUUGAGGAGGUCGCGUUUCCUCCGGCUGGUAGGUGUUCUCAACACGUGUGCUAAAAAACAACUUAAUUAGCAUUAGACGGCAGAAGUGGGUGUUUUCGCUGGUGCGGCCGUCCAGGACGUGUGUUACGUUACGCCUGCGUCGGAGCUAGCGAGCAUAGCUAACAUGACGUUGAGCUAAAGUCAAAGCAGUCGCCCGCUCCCGGAGGAUUUUCAUACUUAGGAGGCGUCGAGUCUUUGGACCCUUUUUGGCGCGUUCGUCCCUCUAACGGAAACCUACGGUUACGGUACGUGUUUAUGUGUGUUCGGUGAACGUCAACGCGUCAGUUCUACGAUUAGCAAGCUAGCUUAACUAUCAACGGUCGCUUCCAACUGGGGAGGAUCAGCUCGGUAUCGAUUAACCCUAAUGUUUUAACGUUUAACGGCGCUUCUCGUCGCUGAUUGGCUGAAUCGCUGUAACAUGUCGCGCGGACGCACCGGCUUAAGUUUUUGAAUUAAUUCAACAUUACGGGGCAGUAAACGGUCGAUGUGAUGUUUUAAUACAUUAAUUGCAGUCAGAAUAAUUAACGCAGCACAAUAAUAAGCCGUUAAACCUCAGCUUGAGUCGUGAAGAACUGAAAUGUACCCCUUUUUAAAGCUGCUGUGUUGCUUAGCAACCACGUACCUCGUCUGUCUUCAUCAGAAACUGUAAAGUCAUCCCUCCUGUGUGCUAAAGAGGCCUCGAGGAGCCCGGUCCGCCUUCAGAGGGGGCAGAGCAUGAGGAGAUGAAAGGAGUGGAAGUGGAAGCAGAACAAAGAGGAGAGGACUGUCAGCAGCUUCCCGAUGAAGGAGAGGGGGCUCGCCCCGAUAUCGAGACACCAGAGGAACCUGCGUCAAAACCAAGCAGCCGCCAGUCAAAACGCCGCCACCGCUGUUCGGUGUGCGACAGGGAAUUUUCUCGUCCGUCUCGGCUGGCGGACCACAUGGUCACGCACUCUGGCGAGAAACCGCACAGCUGCUCAGUGUGCGGGAAGCGCUUCACGAAGAAGAUAAACGUGGUGGUGCACCAGAGGGUUCACACCGGUGAGAAGCCGUACUCCUGCCCAGACUGUGGGGUCAGCUAUGCCCAGCUGGGCUGCCUGCGGAGGCACCGGCUCCGACACGCCGCCGAGAAGCCCCACAACUGCUCGGUGUGCGGCCGCGGCUUCAUUCAGCGGCGCCAUCUCGUACAACACGAACGGACGCACACCGGAGAGAGGCCGUUCUCCUGCCCGCUGUGCCCCAAACGCUUCGCCUCCAGGACGGGCCUCACCGAUCACCAGAAAAGCCACGCAGAGGAGAACCUGUACUCCUGCUCAUUCUGCGAGAAGGGCUUCUCCACGCCGUCGUCCUUCAGGGAUCACGUGAGGCUCCACACGGGACAGAAGCCCCACCCCUGCUCGCUGUGCUGCAAGAGCUUCAACCGGCCGGGCCUGCUGAGGAAACACCUGCAGAAACACGCAGAGGGCAAAGAUGCGGUCAAAGCUGAAGGUGCAGCUAGCAAGGAGGAAACGCUUCACCGCUGCUUCCUGUGCCGCAAAGAUUUCUCCACCGCCGAGAAGCUGCAGCAGCACGAGCGGCUCCACCAGAGGACGCUGCAGUUCGCGUGCGACGUCUGCGGCCGAGGUUUCGCCAGAGCGUCCCGGCUGAGGGAGCACGUGAGGUCUCACACCGGAGAGAGGCCGUUCCAGUGCGACGUCUGCAAGAAACGAUUCUCCAUGCACAGAGUGUUCAGGAAGCACCAGCAGAUCCACAGCAGGGAGCGACGCAGCCGCUCGCCACCAGACGAGAAACCCGGCGAGCCGCCCGGUGACGCCGGCACGGCGGCGGUCUCUGCAGGGAGCGGUCUGGACGGGCUGCGGGUCGAGAACAGAAACGAGGAAGAGGAAGCGGUGCGUUCACUGGCCGACGGGGGCGUGAAGAAGCUCCACGGCUGCUCCGUCUGUGGGAAGAGCUACACGAGGCCGUCCAGACUCAAAGAGCACGUCAAGAUCCACGCGACGGAGAAGCUGCACCGCUGCUCGGUGUGCGGGAAGGCGUUCACCACCGCGACCAGCCUGAGAGCCCACGAGAAGACGCACAUGGCCAACAAACCUCACCCCUGCAGCAUCUGCCCCAAGAGCUUCCUGAGACCCUGCCUGCUCCGCAAACACAUGAGGAUCCACAUCAGGGACGGACUCAUCGCCGAUCCCGCUGACAAGGAGUUCUGGUUCAACAUGAAGACGGAGGAGGAGGAGGAGGAGGAGGAGGAAGGUCUGAACGAGCAGGACUCAGAAGACCUUUCUACCUCCACUGAGUCCUUCAUCGCCGAGUCCACACCUCUACCUGGUAACCAUGGUGACCAGGACAGCCGAGAAGAAAACGAGGAGGGAGACAUCAGCGGUUUGAUAAACUCCGACGGAGAGGAAGAGGACUGGAGGCCGGCGCUUAUCGAACAAGAUGGCCGCUCCGAGAUCCAGGCAGACGGCAGCGACGGGAAGAGGAAGCACCGCUGUCCCGUUUGUGGUCGAGACUGUUUCAAGGCGUCGGCGCUGCAGAAACACCUGAGGAUCCACUCGGGCGAGCGUCCGUUUCAGUGCCCCACCUGCAGGAAGAGCUUCACCCAGCAGGUCCACAUGACGGAGCACCAGAGGAUCCACACCGGGGAGAAGCCCUACACCUGCACCGACUGCGGCAAGAGCUUCACCUUCUCCAGCGCCCUGCGCCGACACCAGCGGCUGCACACCGACGCCCGGCCGUACCAGUGCUCCGUCUGCCAGAAGACCUUCAAACAGCAGAGCUCGCUCAAGAGCCACCAGCUGACGCACUCGGGAGUCCGCUACCAGUGUCCGCUCUGCAGCAAGAGCUUCAGCCGCGCCCUCGAGCUCACCUACCACGUGGACGUGCACUCCGACACCCGGCCGUACUUCUGCGACAUCUGCAAGAAGAACCUGAGCGGAGCCAGGAUCUUCCGCAACCACAUGAAGAAACACGAGUCGCCAAACUCGCCGCUGUCGCUGGUGCCGCGAGCCGGACCGAAAGACACGGAGACGAACGCCUGACGGUGCGAGUCGAGAGACGCCGAGGGAAAUCGCCAGUCUCUAUAAAGACCCUUUGACUUGUCAGCAGCCAGUCUUGUGUGGACUAGAAGUUGCCGGGUAACCAGUGAUGUCACUGGAGAAGCUGUAGGCUGACGGAGCAGCGGACGCUCACAGAGUAUCGUUCACAAUAGGUUUGACACACGGCCCUGCUAGCUAGCUCGCACAGCUAACAGACACAAAUACGUCCAAGCAGGUCUUUCUGCGGCUGCACACAACUGCAGGGCACGCCGACGACAUGACACGCCCUCGAAACGCUCGCAGUUUGGUCAGGCUUGGGUUAAAGUAAGUACGUUAAUCCAGGAAGUGACCUCAGGGGGGUCGUGUAGUCUGCAGAGAGACCCUUCCCGAUACAUCAGCCAAAAGUGACGCAAGACAUCACUUCCGCCAUGUGAAGGUCAAAGGUCAUCCACAGAGCCACACCUGCAGCCUGCAGCAGUUCGGCGCCUCGCUCAAGGACCCUUUGUAAGGUCGAUCAGUUGUGUCGUGCUGCCGCUGAGUGUGUUCGUGUCCUCUGUGCUGCAGAUCAGAGUAUCGCCUCAUGUAUUUAUAGUAGAAAUCACUGAAACUCGUGUUGCUGAAGGUCGCUGUUCCACAGAGAGACGGAGACAGAAGUCUGGAAAAGACAAAGUGACUAAGUUCAAGUCUAAGUUCGAGUUCGAGUUUAAACGUCUUUCAUCCAGUUAACAGAAGAAUAAAGCUUGAUAGCAGCUGUCCGAAGGCUCUUCAGCUGCCGGGGCCGCCUGUCCACGCCGUCGGGGGUUUCAAAGGACUCACGAUUCAGGAUAUUUAACAAAACAAGACAAAUUCCACACAAUGUGAUUAAAAUAAUAAGUGGUGAAUAAAGAUGUUUUUUUAAUUACGUCAA